UUAUUUAAAUAUUCUUCUUUAAUUGAAUUACUCAGUCGUAAUAAUGAUAGGAAUGAUAAAAUAAUUGGCCUUAAUUUUGAUUAUCUAGGUGUUGCUUAAUCUUAAAGUAGAAGACAUAAUCAUAACUGUCUUAAGUUAACUAUACCAACAAGUAUAAAUUAAGUUACAACCCCUCAGCCAUUAAUCAUUUCACCAAAAGCCUCUUCUCCUCUUUGCAAAAACAUAAUUUAAAAUUGGAACUCCUGUUUCGUUCUCUGAACAAUGAUUUUUUAGUUAUUUUGAGGUUAAUUUUCGGACUGGUCCCAAAUCUCCGUGACUAAAUAAAACUAGGUCAAAGCCAAAGUGUACAUGAUGCAGGACCACAAACUAUUCCAACACCUGAUUAUACUCACUAGUACUACCGCUUUUAAUUUUGCCCUAAUUACAUAUAUAAUCAGCUCAUGAUUAACCGCUAAUCAAUCAGUAUCAUGUUUCUUCAGUGUUAACGAAAGCUCGGUCUCAUGAAAAUAAAUUUCAACAUACUUCUAUGUGAUAAGAUAAACUACAUCAAAAAUAUAAAUUUAAUACAGUUGAGUCAAAUUUUAUACAAUUUAGUUAAACUCUUGUGUUGGUUUCAAAUUAAUUAUAAAAUAUGAAAUGCAUCCAGAAGAUGUUAGCUGAUUAAUCCAUCCAUGUAUAUAUUUAUCCAUAUCCGAGUUUAAUAAAAAAAAAGGAGUUCAGUUUGCAGAGGACAAAGGAAGCCCAUACAAAUGAUUUGUUCACAUGCAACAUCAUACAUUAAUCUCUCAGCUAAUUGUUUCGGUUACGUUUAUAUUAAUCCUUCAAAUUUCAGUAUUUUAGUAGUCGAAAACCUUUUUUUAACAUCUAAAAGGAAAAACCCGAAAAAGGAAUCAAUCAUUUAAAAAAGGAAAAAAUUAACAACCCCUUGCUAUGUGUAUAUAUAUGUCGAUACAUACGAGCAUAAAUUCACAAAUUAAACAUAACAUAUGCAAAAAAAAAGCAAAACAUAUGCAAGGCAGAGAUAUGAAACUUUAUAAUAUAUACCAAACUAUGCAGAAGCCAUCUCAGAGAACUCUUCCUGAUACACACUCAAACUCCUUCACCGUUCAUAUAAACGAACCAUAUAAUCAUCAUCAGCAUCAUAACCACAACAAGACCUUCAUAGGAUUUUCUUCAUCCAUGAAGCUCUUCAGCAAAUUCCGCAAGAUUCUCAUGAAGAUCAUCUUCAUCGUUCCCUCCUCUUCUUCCUCUGCCACCGUACGUCGUCACAAAACCACCGACUCCCGGAGUGGCGGCGAGAGGCUAGAGACACCGAAGAUAUCGUGCAGUAAUUCGUACUACUCCUCUCAUUCUCACUACAGUGAAGCUAUCUCAGAUUGCAUUGACUUUUUCAAUAAGUCAUCGACUGAUAAUAUGUCUCACAAAGAACGUGAUGACCAGAUUGUACAUGAUCGCGAAUGUUUUUACGUGUAGUCAAAACUUAAAAGAAGUGAUGUGAUCAUGUCCUCUUUUUCUUCUUCUUUGUUAUUCUAGAUAACUCGGGUGUUUUUCUUCAUGUGCUCGUGUAUCAACAACAAUUUCACGUUUUAACGUUUUAUCAUAUGUAUAAACUGUUAAAUAUUUGAUGUUUUAUUUCGUAGCAUAAUGUAUCCACUUACUAAUGCCUUGUUUGCGUGUAUACAUGACACAAGGCUGAUGAAAUUAAUUCCAUGUGUAUCAGUGUAUCUUCCCGUAAAAAUACUAUAACGUGUUUGAUAAUGAAGAGGAGAUAAGAGAGCUCGGAUAAUUAACAUU